GGAAUUUCUCCGUGUUCCAGCUGGAGCCGGGGAGUUUCAAUCUGAGCGACGGCACUGUGGUUGACAACACGUAUCCAUCGAUUCUCUUCACCAACGCAGCCGACUGGAACGCUAUGAACAAGUAUUUGUCGUCGUACCAAGCAACCAUCAUGUCCGCCGUUCUGCCGCUGACUAGAGACGACUUUCACGACUCGGUGAUUGUCAUCAGCUUUGUGCUGUGUACGCUAACCGUGGGGUUCUGGCUUUUGUUUCUGAUUCAGUCAAUAGCCACAGAAAAACGCCCUUUGCAUUUGCAGCUGACAACUACGCUUCUUGCCGUCUUUUCAACGGUCGUCCUUGUGCGCUUUACCACUUUGAUGAGGGAGGAAUUUGAAGGCUGUUUCCAGGACCGCUCACUCGUGAUCGACCGGCUGUUCAACAAGCUCUACUACACGGUACCGGUGUGCAUUUUGCGAGCGUUUACAUACGUAUCCUGGCACUGGCUGUGCGAUCGCCUGGUGUCUGAAUUCAGAACACGAGCCGCCAGGAGCGGCAACAAAAUGUUCCGGUGUCUGGUGGCCGCCAACGUUGUGAACGCGCUGUUCAUGGUGCUGGUGGUGGUUUUCACCUCGCUGCAUUACUUUCUUACGACAAAGAACAACUACCACAUCCGCUACUGGGUCAAUGUGACGAUUUUGGUGUUCACAUCGCUUGUGUGCGUGUACAUUUGGGUGUUGGUGAUGAUGUUUUGGAUGCUCCGCGUGGACAGACGGUUCAAGUUUGAGAAUUUGGGGCUUUUGGUCACCACCUUUGUGUGCUACUGGUUCAACACGGGGAUGCAGCUCAUGGAGUCUGUACUGGUAGUGCGCGAUCCAAAAUGGAUGGUCCAGGUGAACUUAUUUUUCGAGAUUUUGUCCAUCCAUCUGCUAGUGGAUUUCAUAAGCGGGCUGGAAAAAUACAACCACAAGACCGAGUCGCAUAACAUUGUGGGGAGAGAGACGAUUGCUAUAGAGCGCAAAGUUAGCGACAUGGAGAGGCGAAUGCACGGCUCUGGCAUUGCGUUGGAACUGGACGGCGAUAGUGACACGAUUUCCAAUUCGAGCGAUAGUGGAGCCGAGCAAUCCAGAUAGUGGGCGAUAAGCCGGAAAAGAAAAAAAAACCCGUCGCGAUUCACGGCUCUGUUAAAAUUAGCGCGCACCGCCACAGCGAAAAAAUUCCAGAGAUAGCGCGGCGGCCACAAUUGUUAUCUUAUCUGGGAGAGUGCCGAUGAGAAAUUCCGAAAUGAGUAUGUUUUACGGGCGAGCAAAAGUUGUUUGUUUGUUUGUUUCAUUUGUGUUUGUUUCAGCAAGCUACCAGCCAUGAUGGAGUCUGGUUUUCGCCAUUAUUCGCGCUAUGACCCGUUCAGUACCAGCAUCAAGGACCUAGAGCAGAUAUUCAACUUCAGAAUCCAGCUCUUUGACACCCGUAAAUCGUUCGGGAAUGAACUCGACUCCGACCUCAACGUGUGGCUCAAAAAAGCUCAUUCCGCGGGCAAAAUCAAGGAAAAGUCUCCGCCAGCUACCGAGUCCUCCAAACGACGGAGACUCGAUACAGUCUCGUCCACGUGCACAUUUCUGGACGACUUCGAGCUCUUCCGAUACAGAGACGAAAUCCAGGAAUUACGGGAAGAAGUGAUUUCCGUGCAUUAUCAACAGUACAUCGGGCUCCAAACAAAGCCUGCCUCGCACAAAAACCAUCACGAAGGUAUGACGAAAGCAUAGAUGAUGAUUUAUCUUUAUGUAAUCUACUGAAAUCUCGAUUCAUCAGAGUCAUUAAAUCAGUAUAUUGUUUGCGUUCACCGAGCCGAAGCCCUCUUACAGUGUGAAUAUCUUCCUCAUCAUAGAAUCGAGAAUGGUGCGUGGUUAGACAUAGGUUCGGUAAACCGGUCUCCAGCCACGCUGUCCGUCAGAUAUCUGCGACCUUUCAGCAGUUCCCUCACAGCCGGCGCCCCGAAUUUGUACACGAGGAGCGCUUUUACAUAAAUGUGACUGUGAGGUACUGGUAUGUCCGCCCGGUCGGUUAAUCAUCACAGGACGGUGAAAAUCAUUAUGAGUAAAUGACAGACCACUCGUAGCUCAUACAAGGCUGAAACUUAACGAGAUGCGAUUGUCAACAGUGGCGUUCGGCCUUCAGGCGGAACAAUUGGUCAAUGCAAAUAAUCACGGCUGUCG